AGCACAGAUCUAACUUGACUUAAGUCUGGACAUAGGUUUCUAACAGUCACCCGUGGAUCAGAGCUAAAUCUUCUUUUAGCUAAAGGGAUACAGCAUGUCCGAAAUGCUUGACGACAUUUUCACGAAGAACUUUAUGAACCUGGCCCUGGAAGAAGCCUUGCUCCCUAAACAGUCUCAACUCAAAGGCCCGGGGCAGAGUAGGCUGAACAGGUCAACCUCCUUCUUCUCUUCCCCCUCCCCUCCUUCCCCCUCAAGCCACAGCUUGAGCACCGAGCAUGUCAACAAUACCGACAACGGCAGCCCUUUCUGGUCAUCCAACAUCUGGAGCCAGGGCCCCGUCUCAAAAUCUAAACAGCUCCCCUUCAGGCCCGACCGCUCCAUGAGCCUGACCGAGUCCAGCAGCAGCCUGCUCUCCUCCUUCGGACAGCUAAGGAACCUGGAGGCUUUUCCCUCUGCCACUACCGUGGCUCCACCACCUGGCUUCCCUCCCUCAUCUACCCUCCCACCCCAGGUUCAACCAGUGGUGGCCCCUAAUCGUUACAAGACGGAGCUGUGCCGUGGCUUCCAGGAGACUGGCAACUGCAAGUAUGGCAGUAAGUGCCAGUUUGCCCAUGGCGAGCCGGAGCUGCGUGGACUGUUCCGCCACCCCAAGUACAAGACAGAGCCCUGCAGAACCUUCUACAACUUUGGCUACUGCCCCUAUGGCUCACGCUGCCACUUCAUCCAUGAGGACAAAAUCAACGGAGCUCCGUUAUCGACUGCCAAAUUCCAGAAUCAGCAGCAACAAUUUCCCACCAGCACCAGUGGUCAGAAUCCACGCCACCAGCUGCGCCAGAGUGUCAGCUUCGGCGGGUUUCUGGGCUCUUCACGCUGCUCCCCUCCUCCAUCAUUCCUUUCAUCCUUCAAUGAUCCGAACCUGGGCUUCAGCCGUGCUGCCUCCGUUUCUCCCCCUCCUGCUGAUCUCCUCUCCCCAGUGUUCAGUGACUCCCUGCAGCGGGAGGUAGCAGCAUUCCAGUUUGGCAACCAUCAGACCCGUGCCAGCACCGGAGACAUCCACAAUAUUCCCCUCAUGCUGGAGCCAAAGACCUCACACUGUGUGUGUGGCCAUGGAAAUAACUUUAACAGCAACAACAGCAGAGCCGCCAGCUUGGAUGACGGGCACAACCAAGACAGCAGCAUGCUGUUUCCUGGUCCCGGAGGCCACAGAGGAUUCGUGAAGCCUGCUGGACUCCAGCGUUUCUCCUCUGAGGACUCCCUGGAGGACAGCUACAGCAGCAGCAGCGGAGGCUCCAGUGGAACCGAGUCUCCAACCUUCGACGCAGCCACCAAGAGGCUCACUGUGUUUGAACGCCUGUCCCUGUCCGACUAAACGGAGCAAAAGGGAAGAGCUGAAGAGAACUCUGACACCUUGUCACCUGUGUCUGUUUAUCUGAACUUCUCUUCAGAACCAGAACUGAUCAGGACAAGUCAACUUGACACAACAACACUUAAAGUUCUUAAUUUAUGUUUGUAAAAUGGAACUCGUCUUGGAAAAAAACUACAUACUGAGAUGAUUUUAGAAUCCAAAUGUUAUCAGACUCUAUUUUUAUACUUAAAAAUACUGUGUAGCCUAUUAGACCUUUGUAUGUGGUCUUCCAUAAAAAUUAACUCUUUUGCAGGUCUUGCCAGUACCAGUUAAUAGCCUGGUUUGCCCUUACUGUUAAUCUGUAGUGAUCAAAAUGGCUUAUCUUUAGCGAUAAUCAUUAAUUCCUGUGUCUUUAAGAUUUUCCCUGCGUCAUAGGCCAUUUACUCGUGGUGCCACAAACAGUAUGUUUGAUUCAGUAGCCUUAAUCAGUGAGACCCGACACGUGUCAUUGAUGCCAUUUUAUCUGUGAUAUGCACUUUACAGCUUAUCAAAAUGGGAGAAACUGUCAAGUCUCCCAGUAGCAUUCAACCAAAGCUUCAUACUUCACUCUGCUUGUGUGUGUGUGAGUGUGUGUGUGUGUGUGUGUGAGUGUGUGAGAGUCUGUGUGUGUGGGUAUGUGUGUAACCAUGUAAUUUUCCCAAAACCUGGGGUGCGAGCAUGUAUAAGUGGCAAAAUACUGAAAGAUCAAAGUGUGCUAACAGGAGAAAAGAAAUGAUGGUCAGUGAGUUUAGUUAUGGAUCUCUGUUUCCUGACACACUUUCAUUCUGUAAAACAUUCUGUUAUCUUCGCUAGCUUGUAAAUUGCACCCCAUCGUUUUAUUGUCCCCUGUUUCUUCGACAACCUGGUUCAGGGAAUUUAACGCCGCAGUAUUCCUUUUGGUCAUUGGUUGCCUUGUGUUGUUUAACUUAAACUAAUAUAUUUAUUAUGGUAUUUAUUUGUGUUUAAAGAAAACAAAAUGUAUUUUGUACUUUAUUUAUGGAGAAAUAUUUCAACGUCUGUGAAAUACCAAUGUGAGAAAAAGCAGUAAAAAAGAGAAUCCUAUAUUUUUAAUUGCCUGAAAGGGAAAAAAAACUUAAUUUCUGAAUAAAGAAAUGAAAUUAC